GCGUUUGUGGAGCAGUUGUGUGAUCCAGCGAGGACAAGCUGUGUGCCACUGACACCCGCCCGCUCCGGAGGAACCACAGCAGAGGAACACGCGUAACGAAAGAUUUUACAGCUGGAAAUUCUUACAGGCGGAUAAAGACACAGUUAGAUGGUAAAAAGCUGAAAUGCCCCAGAACCACGGAGAAAACGAGGACGACGCUGUAAGGGCGGAUCUCCUGCGGGGCUUCACUCCAUCUCUGCGCUCCGUGUGAGGGGACACGCCGAGCGGCAGACGGAGAACUGGAGAGGAGGAGAAAAUGCUCAAAGUUUGUCCGCGUCUUGUGGAAGUGCCACCCCGCAAAUCGCCGUCCCGCAUCAGCUGCAGAAAAUGGGCAUGAAUUGAACGAAGAAUGCAUGUCGUUUGGGAGAUAUCUGUGAUUCUGCAAACAUAUAUCAUCUGCACGUCAUCAGCUCAGGCUAUUACAUCCAAGCUUGAUGAGAGUUGGUGGGCGUACAAGGAUGUUGUCCAGGAAAGCUUUGUUCCAGUCCCAUCCUUCUGGGGUUUGGUGAACUCAGCCUGGAACCUGUGCACCAUAGGGAAGAGGCAGUCUCCAAUCGACAUCGAAACCAGCCACAUGAUCUUUGACCCCUACCUGACCCCUUUGAGGCUCAACAUGGCAGGACGCAAGAUGGGAGGCACCAUGUACAACACAGGGAAGCAUGUGUCCCUGCGGCCCGACAAAGCCCACCUGGUGAACAUCUCGGGGGGCCCGCUGGGUUACAGCUACCGGCUUGAAGAGGUCCGCCUCCACUUUGGGAGCGAGGACUCCCAGGGUUCCGAGCAUCUCCUCAAUGGGCAGGGCUUUCCUGGAGAGGUCCAGCUGAUUCAUUAUAACCAAGAUCUGUACGCCAACUACACUGAGGCAUCUAAGAGCCCUCAUGGCAUCGCCGUGGUUUCCAUAUUCAUUAAGCUCUCUGAAAACAACAACGCCUUCCUCAACCGAAUGCUCAAUAGAGACACAAUCACCAGAAUCAACUACAAACAUGAUGCGUUCUUAUUGAUGGGCCUGAACAUAGCGGACCUCUACCCUGACACCACACGCUACAUCACUUACGAGGGCUCCAUCACCAUCCCUCCCUGCUAUGAGACAUCCACAUGGAUACUGAUCAACAAGCCCAUCUACGUGACACAGAUGCAGAUGCACUCCCUGCGCCUCCUCAGCCAGAACGAGCCUUACAAGAUCUUCAUGAGUAUGAGCGACAACACCCGGCCCACCCAGCCUCUGCUGCAGCGUUGCAUCCGGACCAACAUCAACUUCAACAAGCAGGGCCGCGACUGUCCGAACAACCGCGCCCUCCGCCCGCAGUACAGAGUGAAUCAGUGGCUCCUGAAAUAGGAGAUGAAGAGAUGUCGAGCUGCAGAACCGCAGGAGGAGAGAAGGAAUGCAUUAUUUUAAUUUUAAUUUUUUUUUCACACGGCAAAUCAGACCUGAGCCGAACCCAUGGUAGCUGAAGUGAGCCUGCGGCUUGAGCUAAGAGACAACUGACAGACAACUCAAUCGCACAUGAGCUCAACUGACCAAACUCAACAGUUUGCCGGCCUGGCCUCCAACACAUCCACAACUUAAACACAGUUCGUGCAGGCCAGCAAAGAGAGGACACAGAUCAGACCUUGAGUCCAAAGUGUGAAAAAGAACAUAAGACCUCUGAUGUCUACACAGUACUUUGUUUUUACUUGUUGUGUAUACUCACAAAGACUGAGAUGUUAAGAAUCAAUCGUUUUAUUUAUCUGGUUUUCAAAAGAAUGGAUGUUAUCUAAAGAUUACAGUACGUGCUGUUUGGCUGUGAACAUUACCCGUCCACAUUCAAGGCAAUAAUGAUCAUCCUCUGAUUGGAGGGAUUGUUACAUUUCUGUGGUAUGAUGUGAGAUAUACAAAUGUGAUGGUUUAAAUAGUAACUAGAAAGAGAAAAUAAAAAAAGAGAAUGUAACGUGUCUCAUUACAGGGGUCAGAGACAGGAAGUGACUGCAACUCUGACAUUUUGCAGACCUGAACAGAGGCUGUGUACCAAAUCACCCACUCACUCACUAACCCCUACUUGACUAAAUAGAGACCUCUAUGAAGAGGACUUUAUAGUUUGCUCAUCAACAAUCGGACACUGAUUGCAUUUUCUCUGCGUUGGCACAAUACAUUUUAAACAUUUGAUUUACACAAUUGAUACUUUUACAUGCCAUAAACAAUUUAAUUGACUGCCUUUAAAUGAACAAAUAAAGCCGAUGGCCACAGUUUGUGCUGUGUUGCCCUGCUCUGCUCGUAUUUACAUUUGUACGACAGGUUGGCUGUUCCUGCUACCCUGUCUUCUCUCAUCUCUACCUCACAAGUGGAAUGCAUGAUGGAAUAUAUUGGUCAGUUAGUGACCAUCGGUUGUACACUACUUUUCAUGAUGCAUUGUUGGAAACAAGCACUGUAUAGCUCAUGUAGUGUCCCAUAUAGGGUAUAAAAACUUUCACUAAACAUUCGAACAGCACUGCAAAAAUUUCAAACUCUCUAUAUAGUGAUUUAUGAGUGAUUUGUGAGACACAGCCGGAGUUACUGAUGAUGGAGGCAGGAUAGGUCACUCAUUAUCCAUAGUUUUGUUAUAGUUCACUUGUCUUCAAGGCAUUCAAUCAAACAGAGGUGAGAGAAUCUGCUGCGCAUUAGGUCCCUGCUUUGCAUAAUAUAAAGGGCAGGCCUCCCCUUUGCAACUUCAAGAGCUUAGAGACACAGCAACAAAAGUUCAAUCAAAAAUUGUCAAGGCUUAGGUCUAUCAAACAGAUUGACCGCUAACUCGCCAUUUUCCCAAGCUUAUGGCUUUGGCGAAAACAAAAUGACAAGGGCAAACAGUGGGGGGAAUUGAUUCAACAAUGUGUGUAUUCGCAAGAAGCUUAAUUGACGACAGCAUAUUUCAUAACAAGCCAUGGGGCAUUCAUUAACUACUUGUUAUGGGAUAAAAUAACUCUUUAGAACUUGAAACGUCCACUCUAUGGAGGCCACAAAGCUUGUGUAAACCUGCAGGUCACAGCGUUACAUUUGCCAAACUCAUUCACCUAACAUUUGUGUAAAUAGAAGCAAAGGUUUCACAGUGAUGCGGUAAUAUCACUUCUGCUUUCCGUCCAGAUGUUGUCUAUAAUUAGCAUCAAAACCACAGGACAGCCUAUUUUUGUUACAUUUCUAUAAUAGAAUAUCUUCUACAGUGAUCAUCAACUGCUGACCUUUUGCCUGGAGGAAGCAGCUUUAGCUUCGUUUAGCAUUACAACAUGUUUCAAACACAAGGGGUCUACUAGAAGUAUUAUGAAGGAAGAAUUCACAAUCAACUCACAUCAUCGUAAAAUGAGUUAUGCAUUAUUAUUAUUUGUAUGACAUGGACUGGUGGGACACAUUUAACCACAGGUGAGAAGAGAUGUAAAGGUGAUCUUUGAGUUCAGUUAUCUCAUCAUUCAUUGCUGUCUGCUUGUCUAUUAACAAGAGAUUUCUCAAACUACUAAAUGGAUUUUAUGGACACUUGGUGGAAGGGUGAGGUUUGGCCCAAGGAAGAACCCAUUCUUCCAGAGCAGAAUGAUCAAAUUGAUCCCGUAUUUUCUUUCUCGUUUUGUAACAUGAUGAGAUGGGGGUUAGGCUUAGAGGAGAUAUUUGCUCUCAGCGUGCGUCCUUCUAGGUUAUCAUGUUGUUAUUGGAGUUAUAUUUCUUCUAAUUCUGCCAAAAUCAGUCAAUGCCGUUUGUAAAAAGUUGUAAAAUGAGUGACCUAAAGCAUGCAUAUUGUGGAUGGACACCAUGGAUCAACCAUGGAUCAACACACACACAUAACACUAGUUGGAUUGCUUUGUUCAGUUUGCUGUGAUGUUGUCUGUCAUGAGGGAAACAAUGUAGUUCGAUGCAAAUCAUAAUGUAACUGUAAUAAAUAGAUGGAACUGUCACAUGGGUGGAGAUCAGUGUGAUCAUAUAUAGCUCAGUGGAGAUUUUCACAAACAUCACCACCUUUACAGCAUAGACAGUAUUUAUAGAUGGACGACGCGUCCCCACUUCCUCCCAUUAACCAGACAGGAAGCCAAAAUAUCCGUUAUACAAAUGCUGCCAUCUUGCACUUUGGAGUCAGGAGUCUUCUUCAAGUUCAAAGCAUUUAUUGUCAUAUAUACAGUCCUGUACAAUGACAUUCUUUCUUUGCCUUCCACUGUGAAUACCGUGCUUUUAAGAGUUAUAAAAAAAUAUCAAAGUAAGUAAAAUAUAUAGAAUAUAAACAUGUACAAUAAAGCAUCUGUGCAGUGUAGUGCAAAAGGCA